GGUGAUGGAGAAGAUGUAGUUAUUCGCCGUUAAAUUUAUAACGUAGUUCGGUUUUAAACGUGAAUUGCGAGAACGGCUGCUACCGCAAUAAUGGCCGGUAUAAGGAGAGUAAACGGAAAAUUGUCGGGAAUCAACCCAGCUGUCAGUUGUGGUCGCCUUCGCCAGGUUCAGUCUCUGCUCUGUGAGGGUGGGACUACCACCCCUCAUGGCAUCCUGUGCUCUCUUGGAAUUGACAGCAGAUAUAAUGAUGGGUGCACUGAGCUGGCAAAAUAUCUGUUCUAUGGACUGUAUGGAAGAAAUCAGCUGAAUGUGGAACAUACUUUUGAUGAGUUUCCUGAAGAAAUGCUGGAUGACGUGAUCCUGCUGAUCAAGGCAGAGUGUGUUCAUCUGUACUGCAACCCAAUGAACUAUGGAUACCUGUUGCCCUAUGUGUCCCACUGGAGGAACCUUCAUCUCUACUGCAUGACCAAGGCAGAGUAUGAAGAUGAAGAAGCAGCAGAGGAAUUUAAAAUCUCCAGUUUUGUCACAAUGGUGCAGGACUGCUAUCGUAUUGGGGUACCUUACAGUUCCCACGGACAUAUCCAGACAUUUGAUGUGUUCAUGGUGGAGAAGUGGCCUCUAAUACAAGCAUUUGCUCUGGAAGGCAUUGGUGGAGGAAGCUUUUUUACCAUCAAAUACCAGCUAAUGGACAUGAGUGAGAAGCUCUGGCAGGUUUACAACAGACUGGACCCAGUGUCUCUGAAUAACGCCCUCACAGAGGAUUUAGUGUACUUUGAGAAGCAAUGGAAUAGUUUUUUCUCCAGCAUGGACCUGGAGAGCCAUCUUUCCAUCUUGGAGCUAUCUGAAGCACAAGCAGGAGAGGCAUUCCGCACUUAUUACUCUCAUGGACUGAUCUCAAGCAACAUCACAGAUAAAAGUAAAAGUCAGCAGCCGUUUGUGUUGUUUGGGAAGCAUACUUCCUUAGAGGACUUGGAGAAUUACUCAUUCAACUUUCCCUCAGAGAGUCAUCAGGUCCGCAACACAGGGACUAAAGGUUCUACAGCCAAACACAUGAUCCUGCAGUGUGUGGCCCCCAAAGGACCUUUGGCCUGCUCUCGGACCUAUUUCUUUGGGUCAACCCACACUCCAUACCUUGAAAAUCAAAACACAGAGCAAAAGAAAACUGAAGUCUUACUUUUGUCACAGAUUUAUUCAGCUACUGUUCAGGCAGUCCUAUCUGGAAUAAAAUGCUAUUCCUGUACAUCGAGUGCUACUAAGGCCAAGGAUGUAGCAGAGAACACCUUUCUCGUGGGUUUGGACUCAGUGAGUUUAAGCCAGUAUCGCAGUUCUCUCAGGUCCAAAUGUGAGUUCAGCAUUCAAGCUGUGAACAAGCAAGGAAGGGUCAUUUCACUGACUGAUGAAGGAAGCCGUUAUGUCAUAAAAACAGCCUCCAUGAUUAUCCAUGACAUCCCAGACCUGCAGAGAGACGGGGAGAACCUUGGCUCUGUUGUCUUCUCUGAAUCAUUCUUGGAGUCCAGCAUCAACAUUCAGCAGAAAGAUGGCACUGUGUCCACAGACAGCUGCUACACCAUCCUGACUACAGUUGUGCCUCGAUAUGCAUGUUGGCUGAUGGAGUCUGAUGUGAAGCAAUCUGAGCAAGCCCAACAUCUCACCAAGAAAGAGGAAGGCACUUGUUUGGGAACUGCUCUGACUCUAGCAGAUGCUGCUUAUUCGUUCUCCAGCAGCCAGCUUUCGACGCCUGAAGAAGGUAAAAUCAUUUUCUUCUCUGAGGGAAUCCUGUUUGUGCAUUCUCAAUUUGGAAGCAUCACCCUGUCCAAAGAUCACAUCAGAACCAUCAAAUUCUAUGAUCCGGACUCCAGUGCUGUUGCAUCUCUGUUUGUGGAGUAUGAGAGCAGCCUGCUCCCCCACCUCCCAUUCCCUCUCCACAGCUCUGACCAGUGUCUGGUCUUUGCUCUUCAGCCCAGGUCCAAAAGCCACAGAGCCUUCUAUGCCAAGGUUUUAUCAGCAUGGAAAAACUCUGAAUCUGGGCUCACUCUUGAAAUGGUGGACAAACAGCAACUGACCUGGAACCAGAAAAACAUGCACACACGGCUGCAGAAGCUGCACGACAGUCAGGAGCCACCAGUGGCUAAACGCAGAGGCAGCCUGAAGACUUCGUACUCCCAUCUCCCAGAGCAGGACAUGUUUCUACAGCACUUCGCUUUGAGUAGUAUUGGUCAGGAGCCCAUUCUGUAUGACCACCUGGGGGUGCUCUUCCCCUCUGCAGAGCUAAGAGACCCAGCCAAAAGCCAGGGAGACAAGGUUGUCAUAACAAUAAUCACUGGAUUGCCGGGAAGUCAUAAGAAGAGACUCUGCAACUUCCUGGUCCAGCUAAAUGUAGAUUGUGACAGGUGGGUGGUGUAUGAACCUAGUACUGACAGCUCUGACAGCUUCUCAGCUUCACACCUGCAGCAGUAUUUGUCCGGCUUCCUGGGGAGCCAGAGAGGCCCAGGAGGCAAACCCCGUCUGUUGGUGCUCACACCUGGAUACACUGAUGCUCUUGAUGUGAUCCAGGCUGUGCUUUUCCACCCUGAUCCAGUAGUCCAGGCAUGUUUCACCAUUGGCGCUGUCACUGCUUGUGUGAACCCUCUGGCCUCCUGCAUGGAGCACAGGUUUGCCUUUCCUAAACUGUUGGAGCAAUGCAGCCAAGGUAUUGUGAGUACAGUGGUGUUCACUGGGCUGACAGCAGAGCAGAAGCACCCUCUCUUGCAGCAUGUUCAGCAGUUGGUACGCUCUGCCAACCCCACCGCAGCCUUCAUACUUGCAGAGAGAGGAGCUGUCACCAGGAAUGAAGAUGUGAAUCUGAUACUUUCUGACAGCAGCUUCAGUGAACCACAGAUGCUGAGAGCACGUUAUGUCCUCUACCCUGGAUGGUGCAAAGGGCGCUUUUUCUCUGGUUCUGGAUCUUUGGUCCUAGCCCAGCAGCAUGUGGCUUUCAAACGGCCCCUCGAGAGGCCUCUAUUUGUCACCCACUGUAAAGCUUUAAAGUCAACACUGCGACCAAGCCCCUUCCAAGGAAAUGUGUACAAUAUCUGGGGAAAAGUCAAAUUUUCUGACACAGAGCAGCUGAUGGAGGUGAGCUACAACACUGUGAGCGGGAGUCUGAGUAUUGUCCCCGACCAGAAACUGGACCCUGUGACCCCGGGCCCCAGAGAGACCAACACCUCCUCCUUUCUGAUCUUUGAUGGUGUUGGCCUUACCGAGGAAGGACUGAAGGACUGGCUUAGACUGUGUGCCAAGCAGAGACAAAAAAAGAAGCCUAAGAAGACAAAGUUCACACUUUCAUCACAUGAAAUCCAGAAAAUACAUCUGGCCAGGCACUUGGACCCACUACCAGCAGGCUACUACUACAAUGGGUAUCAAUAUGUUGAUAUCUUUGGAGAAAAAAGGGACAUCCAUCCAAACAUGGAAGAGUUCAUUAAAGAGUACAUCACAGAGGCCAACAAAGAGAUCGAGCUAUUCAACCGUCAGCUGGAGCUGCAGCCCGACCUGUUUGAUCCAUGAUAGAAUCUCUGUGUAUGUCCAGUGUCUCAUUCUGUUUGAAUUCACUUUAAGGGAACCACUGUGGGAGGGACAGGGAGGGUUAUGUACUGAACACUCCACUAGAAUGGUCAGUGUUUACACAUAACAUGCAUCCACAUGUAAGGUUAUCCAUUAUCUAUGUACUAUGACACUUUUUUCUUUUUUUUUUCUUUUUUUUUUUUGCAUAAAGGUAGAGCACAGGGGAACUUUAAACAAUGACAUCACCUUUUAAAAGCUGGUUAUGUCACGAUGUGGCUGUUUGCCUCAAUUCCCACUGCAACAGUAGUAACUGUGCAGUUAGCACUUUGGCGAGUCAAGUAUCAUAUAUAUCAAAUGAGAGUGGCAAAGUGAUGGGGUCACUUGUGUUAAUUCAAAUUAAAUAUGUUGAUUAAGUGAUGAACAUGGUUCGACACUGCAGACAAAUGUGAAACAUAUUACAACACAAGCCUCCAUCUUUAAACUUGUGAUUACAACUCAAAGCUUGCAAGCUCUGACAUUUUCACAAUUGAAGGGAAUUUCCAACCAAGCACUCCUACAGCUUGCGUGUUUCUGUUUAUCACAGUUGGCAAAUUAAUGCCUCUAUUUCUGGACAUGCAUGGAUAGCCGUGUGAUACUGGUGGGCUCCCUGGUGGGGUUUCUCAAGAAUCGCUCCUCCUCUGUUGUCACCCAAUCCAUGGCCCACCUGUUAUCUUGUCUGCGUGCCACGCUGCAGCAGAGGGAGCGCUUGGCUAUAGAGCUGUAAACAUUGGACAGCCUGUUGGCUGCAGACAACUGAUGAAUGAUACCAUUAAUCACAUAGCUAAAUGCCAUCUCAGUGCUUUAUUUUAAGACUCCUAAAGUGAAUCUAACAAAGGUGCAAUAAAGCAGAUUUCAGUCCUUGCAGAAAAUUGUUGUGGUCAAAAACAGCUGGGACUUUAAGAAAAACACCAAAUAAUAGAGAUUUCCUGUAAUCCAGAAUUUUUUCUUAUUGCACUGUUAGAUUUAAUAUGAUGCAGCUAGCAAACAGUCAAAAGCCAGCGAGAUAAAAGUCACAAAGCUAAACCUCACUGCAGCCAAGUGUGGAUCAACUAUUUUCCAGUUUGUGAGUCUGUUAGAACAUCUGUCAUGAAUAGAAACAUUCCUGUUUUUAAAUGUUUGGGAUUUUGGGUAGGGAACUGGGGGGGUAGUUGAAAGGAAAAAAAAAUAAACCUAGCUUGAGUAUGGUCUGGUUGGGAUAAUCCUGAGUAGAGCUUUUCGUGAAGGUUUUGUAACGAUGGUGUGAUGUUGCAGAGCCUCAGACUUUCCGUGUUGUUGAAAAGAGUAGAUGUGUCACUGUUUGCUCUGCGAUAGCGUGUCACACUAAUGUUCUAUGCAUGUCUUCCUCUAUUCAGGGUUUCUGCACAAGUUUUCAAAUUCUAAACAGGAGAAACUGUUGAGCUGUUAUUAAUUUAUGUGGUAAACUAAUGCUGUGAUCUAAUGACUAGUACAGCUGCUAAAGGGUUUUCAACUGAGACCCAAUUAGAAUUCAAAUUUUGACGUCUGACCACACAAGUUUUUGAAGUAGGAGUGGUGAAUAAUAGAAUUUAAAAGCUGAACAUGUGAAGAAACCCUGUUAGAAUAUCUGGAGAAUCGGAGCUUUCAUUCUUUAUGGGGUCAGCAGUGUAACAUGCAGACUGAUUUAAACUCAGUUGGCACUAAAUUUGACUUUGGUGACAUGAAAAGGUAUGACUUAAAUGCACUUAUAAUUGUGCAAAUACUGCUGCUACUAAGACGGUACAAUAUAUUGCAUUAACUUUUCUACAGUGUGCCAAAAAUGCCUCUACUCAUAAUGAGUAAACUGAGAUUUUUUUUGGUCAGAUAAGAGAGGAAGGUUCUGUCUGCUUCGAGUGUAUUUUAAGUCCAUAACCUAAUUCCUUAGCGGGGUGGGGAAAACACUUAGUGGCUGUUGUUAGACUCUUAUCCAAAUGGUUAUUUUAAGAGCAGUUGUGACCUCAGACUGUUUUGGGUUGCUAAUAACGACGCUUGCUAUGCCAUGUUUAACGUGUCUGUCUGUAUACGCUGUCAACAGCCCGUAAAAUUCAAAGAAUCAGUGGUUUUGUUUUCAGCAGGCAGACAGACAGACGGUCAUAACAAUGUCAGCAGGGAUUUCCCUCAGAUGACCUGUUAGUAUCUCUGCAGAUUGAAAAAAUCCUGACACUGCUGGCCCCAUCCGUCCUCUCAGUAGACUCCACGUUGAUCUGAACAAGCCAUACCAUCUUAUGCUAGAUGUGCCACUGUCUUUACGAAGAGUACUACAAAGCAUAGAUUAGCACCUCUAACAUGUAUUAUCCUGGCAUGUUCCUUCCAACCAGCGAAACAGGGGUUCACACAGAGCUGAGGAGGUGACCCCAAGUUAUUCAUUCCACUAACAGUUCUCUUACAGUCCUCUUACUCUAUAAAAGAAGUGCAAUUGUAACUUGUGUUUUUAUAUAUUCUACUUACAGUACCCUCAAAUGGCUCUUUAAGGAUAAAGAUGAUAAAAAAUAAGUGCUGCUUAAUUCUCAGUCUUUCACAGCAUGGAUUUUGUGGUCUGCUGGAUUCUGGCUCUGUGCUUGCAGCUCCCAAAACAUCAUAAGUGAGGAGUUUGGUUACAUGUGGGAUAUGUUACCUCUGCUUACAAGUGACCAAUACAGCUAAAUACAGGUAGAUUAUACUGCUGUUACUUAAAGCAGAGAGGAAAAAUAUGUAACACAAGUCCUUUGUUGACAAAAUGAUGACCCUUGUUUUAGCCACAUCCUCCGUUUAGCAUUUCAGAAAUGCACUCUCAAAGCAGUCUGUUUUGAGCAACAGUUGCUGUCACUCUGUUGUUACGUAAUACUGCAGAGAGUUACCUUGAUUGACAGUGAAAUAUUUGUGAGGCUGAUGUAUGGGAGACUGAGGUGCCAUGAGUCUGAAUCCCGCUGCACACGUCAAAGAGCAGAGAAACUGAAACUGUAAUUGGCCAAUAGAUGAAAAAGUAGUCCUUAAAGAGUUGAGGGUUAUGUAAGGUGUUUGUUAUAUUAAACUAAAAAUUACCACUAACACGUAUACACACAUAUACACGGCUUCUACUACUACUUCUAAGUGCGUCUACACUUUUUGCAUGUGUGGAGAUGUCAUGUGAAGUUGAUACCACAUGUAUUCUGACAAUAUUGCCUUUCACCAAACUGGUACAACAAAGAGAAAAUAAUAACAUUUAUUUUACAUUUCUGCUAAAAAUUGAAUUACCUCAAACAUCAAAUAGUAUUUUUGUAAGACUGAAUUGAAGCAAAAGCGUCUCUUCUCGCACAAGCUACAAAAAGCAAAAAAGCAGAUGCAAUUUUUUUGUUGAAAAAAAAAACUGAAAGAGAAUCUGAUCGGUUGUGAGACGUCAGGUUUCUCUGAUCCAGCAGUGCCUUGGCUACGGCUAAGAAAAGCAGAGAUUAAAGCUGCAUUCGGAGCUCCAUCUCUCUCCCUGUCAUAGGGGGAGGAGGUGUUGUCAGGCAAGGAUCCAUCCUUCAACAGUGUUGGUGAAAGGAAUCCAUGGAGUCGUUCUUUUAAAGCAAUGUCUAUUUAGUAAGCCAGAGGGUAAAGUAGGUGAGGUCACAUAGGAGGAGGCAGCUGGAGGGCUCAGGGGAAUCAGGUAUUUCUGCAAACUAACCAAAAAACGUAAAGGAAUAUGGGUUGGAUGGAACAUCGAGUACUGAUGCUAGACUAAUAUUUAUUUAUGUUCAGUGUGAUACAGCAUUUGUCAGCUUAAUUUGUUUUUGUGCUGUGCAGUUACUGCAGAACCCAGAGUAUAAGUCACACGGAUAUUUUGGGGGCAUCCCAGAAGAAAAAAGUUUAAACUGUUUUAUUGUAUGAUUUCUAUUGUGAUUAGCGAAGUCCACAACAUGCAUUUUUCUGCCAACCCCAUCUUUUUUGAAAUUAUUACGUCAUACAUAGCAUAGCCCACUUACGCCGCAUGUGUGUGUUGAACCAAAACAACAAUGGCGGGUUACAGUGUUGUGUUCGUGCUGCAGAAGCUACUGAGAUUAUUAUGGAUUUUACAGCAAAAUCUGAUGCUCCUUUACCACUACCAAGAACAGUAGACACCAUAUUAUCCCAAAUCCACCGUGGAGAACAACCAGAACCGCAACCAGGAGAAAGUUUUUGGUAGUUUUCUGUGAUCUUUUCUCUUUUGGGGGCUUGGCAUACAUACUACAGUAUUUUCAGUUGUUUUCAGUGGUACUGUGCUUACGCAGACAUUUCUUUAAACAAUGUCGUGUUAACAGAAAACUUUUUCAAAAAGAAAUGGAAAUAUAUUGUUUUCGUCUCUGUGUGGACAAGACCUGAGUCAAACAAUUCCAGCACAGCUGUCUGUAAACAUUUGACAGCAAGAGAGAAGGCUAGGCUUUUUGGUCAGUGGAUGUGUAGGUCCUCUUGGCUUUUCUAAUAAGAUUGUAACAAGUAAAAAAAAAAAGGGGGGUUUAAAUGAUGCCGUUACUGCAGCAAAAUCUCUGUGUUUGGUAAGGCUUCUUAUUUACCUGCCUCAGUGGCUGAUAAGUUGAGCAAAUUCACCCAACAAUGCUCAGAAGUACCUGCCUUUGGCAGGUGGUAGUUGUUAAUUUCCCACCCUGAUGGUGAGUGGAGAAAUUUAACUGCUGUGAAUGUCUAACAGUCCAGCACUAACAUUUUAGUCGCGUCUUAGACUCCUUGAUUCGACGUCCUCAUGGAGAAAAGGUAGCCAAUUAACAUCUGUAGCCAUUGUUUUAGUUGACAAAAUUAACACUGCUCAACAGGACACUUGUCAUUAACUGAAGGGACUUUUAAUCAAACCAGCAAUUUACUUCAGUAUUCCACUGUUUUCUUUGAAUGCACAACUAGGACCUAAUGAGAAAAUCGACUUAAAAGUGGUGCCAUUUCUAUGCAGUGGCGCUCUUUCAUUGCAGUGAACAAUAAAUGGGAGCAAAUUUUCAAUAGUGUGUUGUGUGACGAUGCUGCUGCUUGUGUCGAAAGCAGUGCUUGUUUCAGGAUGUUAAAUUGGUAUAUCCAUCUCACAGGUCUAUCAGACACAGCUGACUGGUGUCUCAUACACUGGAUUUUGUGUUAAUUUCAUUAUUCAUUAUUAUUGCAUACACUUGAAGGAAAGCUGUUUUUGUCCAGCCCCAGUUGGGAUACAGAACACUGAAUCAGUUUUGUAUCAAAGUACAGAAAGAGAAAGAUGAUUGAGUUUGUGACUAAAGUUGGGUGACCCCUACCUACUGCACAUUGGGGACCCAAAGAGCCCUCCUUAACCUCUCAAUGUGGCCGCUACGCAGCUCUCUGGCAGACUGAGCACCCUUGUGUCUUUAUCCUGUACGUGGAGGCUAGCCAUUUUGUAGCUAAAGUUAUAGGACAAAAACAAAGUUUGGUGUUAAUUGGUUUUCUAUAAAAGAGGGGAAAUGUGAGAUUCUUGUACUGCACUGUGAUAACAGUGUCAAAGGUUUACUUUCUUUUCUACAUUCAGAGAUUGGCAAAAGAGCCAACAUUAUGGAGAUUGAUACACUUCUUAGUGAAGUGGAUAUUUUUGUGAUAUUUGUGCUUAUCAGAGGAAAGAGGCUUAAAAAUCAAUUUUUGACUGUCCAAAUAUGACUCAUUCCUCAGGGGACUGUUGGCACUAAUUGUUUGGGUUGUCCCUCUCUAUUGAGGUUAAAAAAGGAAUCAGGGGCUUGGACUGCAAGAAGAAAGCUCAGUUUGCCUGAGCAUAUUUUCUCUUUAAAAAGAUGGGGGUGAAAUUACGGUUAAUAGCUCUGCCUGUAGCAUGAAAUAUCCAGUGGCUACACAGCAUAUGUACAAAAUAAGUAUGUUAUUGGUGUUAAGGAACAUUUACAAUGCGAUGUGGGUGGUGUUUGUUGUCAAGAAGACAGAAAUAGAUCCUGGGAAGAAAAAAGAAAACAAAGGGCUCAUUUCUUCACCCCUCCCCACAUGCUGUCAAAUUCACAUGAAAAUAACCUAUAUAAAUAACUUCCUGUCUCUGAGGUAAUGAGAAGAAAAAACUAACUUCUAAUGUGUCAAACUGACCUCCAGGUUUUGUUUUGAGGGUGUUCACGGCUAGUGAGCAAAACUGAUUUGCAUUUGCACAAAACUACUGUAACUUCUGUUUUUUUCCUGUGACUGAUGCUUUUAUAAUAUAUUUGUUGUUUCUAUUGCACCACGUAAUCCAUUAAAUAUUUAUAUGG